UCAAUAAUCCUCUUGGUUUCCCGCGGUGUCAGAGGAGCAGCUCCGCGAUGGAGCAGCUAGCUGUCGGCAACGAAACACCGGCGGAGGUGAACAGCCCGGUGUCAUCCGAGGGAGUCGUGGUGAAAGACGCGACGGUGCCCUGCAAACGCAAAAGCGACGAGCCGGACAAACCUGAGACGAGUGGCCGAGGGAAGAGACGUAGAGGAGCCGGAGGAAAGAAUCUCCGACCGGGCGAGAGGUACAUCCCUCCGCCGCAAAAGAGGAACCCUGGUGUCAGCUUCAGCCACGAACACUUCAACGAGACCUCCUACUACUUUGAAGGUGGCCUCCGUAAAGUUCAUCCGUAUUACUUUGACUUCAAAACCUACUGCAAAGGUCGGUGGAUAGGGAAGAGCCUUCUGGAGGUGUUCAAGAGCGAAUUCAGAGCUGAGUCUAUAGAGUAUUACCAGAGGGCUGCCAAAGAGGGCCGCAUCCGCCUGAAUGAGACCCCUGUGGAGGACUUGUCUGUGGUGCUAAGGAAUAAUGACCAUAUGAGAAAUACUGUGCACCGCCACGAGCCGCCUGUGGUCGGCAGACCUCUGGAGGUUUUGGUGGAUGAUGGUGAGGUGCUUGUGGUGGAUAAGCCUGCUUCCAUUCCAGUCCACCCCUGUGGCCGUUUCCGCCACAACACAGUGAUUUUUAUCCUGGGUAAAGAGCGGGGCAUCUCUGAGCUACACACAGUGCACAGACUGGACAGACUCACCUCUGGAGUGCUGCUGUUUGCCAGGACACUGGAGACAUCAAAGAAACUGGACCAGUUGGUGAGAGACAGACAACUUGAAAAGGAGUAUGUGUGCCGAGUGGCAGGGGAGUUUCCGGAGAGCGAGCUGAUCUGCGAGGAACCCAUCCUGGUUGUGUCCUUUAAAAUCGGUCUCUGCAGAGUUGAUCCCAAAGGAAAGGAGUGCCGAACUGUCUUCCAAAGGCUUAGCUAUAACGGAAAAACCAGCGUGGUCCGUUGUUUACCUCUGACUGGCCGCACACACCAGAUCAGAGUGCACCUUCAGUACCUGGGCUUCCCCAUCAUCAAUGAUCCCAUCUACGGGUCCUCAGCCUGGGGCCCUCACAGGGGGAAGGGGGGAGUGGUGGGAAAGAGUAAUGAGGAGCUGUUGCAGGCUCUAGUGGAGGAACAUCAAAGUCAGGAAAGUCUGUACCUGCUGGACAUACCUGAUCACAAAAUUGGGAGUGCACAAGAGGAAGGGAAAAAUAAGAUAUCUGAGAAAAAGGAUACGUUAGAUGGCUCCGGUGAACUUGACAAGAGUGGAGAACAUCAUCAGACACAGACAGAUGAGUGUGGUGGUGACAAAGGGCAAGAUGCAAAGGUGCCAACAGGUUGUAGCUCCAGCUGCAUGGACCUGAACAGUAACAAUACCUCACUCAAAGAAUCUCCAAGCCCUCUACCAGACAAAUCAAAUGGAAAUCAAACAGAGCAAAGUGGCUCUACUGAGAAAAGCCCUCCAGUGGCAAAAGAUAGCCUGUGUAGUGAAUGUAAGUUAGUGCGAGCAGACCCCACAGAGAAAGAACUCAUCAUGUAUCUCCAUGCUUUACGCUACAAAGGACCAGAUUUUGAAUAUUCUACACCUUUACCUGAUUGGGCCAAAGAGGACUGGUCUGAAGCUGACUAGACUGUUGAACUGCUGUUGAUUUAUGAGUAUAUUUAGGUUAGUGCACAAUAAUCAACCACAUGCAGUAUGGCCUCAUAUCCAGAUUUGAUUUUAAUGUGAUGCGUUUCUGUUGAUAAUUCUUGAGUAAUUUCUCUGGAGGUGGUAACAAUGAUGAUAAUGAAAUUUGUCUUAGCAUAUGCUUUUUCUACUGGAACUGAGAAUGUAGAUAUAUUUUUCUUUUUCUGGAAAGGUCUGCCUUAAAAUAAAUAGGAGUAAUCGGAUUCCCUCUCAUUUCGCUUUGAAGGUGGUUUUACUAUUAAGAACACAGUUUUAAUUUAAAGAUCCCCUCCAAACAUAAAAACA